AUGGCCUUGAACGUACCCUUAUUCCCUCACAAUUACCAACACGGUUGUCUUCGCCAAGGCGAUGAGAUCUACACCUCUGCCCGAGGGCUUUAUAUCACUGCCACCAAUAUCGACGCCAUUUUCAGGCAAUACACGGAACCGGAGCAACUCCAAAAGUCAGCAACUGAAUUAUGGCGCCUUUUAGAAACAGGAUCUCUGUGUAUCCCGCCAGUUAUGGUCGGUGAUAUGAUGAGAGCUUGGGUCGGUGCCGAGAUUGACACCAGACACUCCUAUACACCAGGCCCUCGGGUGUUCCUUCAAGCGGAGUUCUAUUACUACAUAGACCUGGAAUGGCACCAACGGAGAGAGUUGAUCUUCGUCGCCGUUGCCGAUGACGCUCUUGAAUAUUUAUUUGCAUAUACUCAACUUGGAAAAUCCCCCUCGACAACAGCAAAUGAGACAUUGACGAUCCCUAGAAAUGCAACCCCGAUCAACCCUGACGUGCUGAUGCAGUUUAUCUGUGCUGGCAGACAAAAGACAGCAGACCGCAAUUUCAGGGCCGCGGUCAGUCGGACCCUACAACGGAUUGUUAGGCAUUCGGAAUUCCGCGACGAGCUAGAAGAACUCCCGAUUGCCACUGACGCCGCGACGUGCGUGGGAUACGUCGAUUCCAUGUGCCAGAAAUUUAGUCCAGCUAUAUACGCCAUACCAGGCCAGCCGAUGCGCGUGUGGCCAAAUACUAUACCAGACCAAGCACCCGUCACCUCGUUCAACUUCCUCAACAGUGUUUCCACAUCAGAAAACCUGGUGCUAGUGGUCGGCGACAGCGACGACCGGGAUUGGGAAGGGAUGCGUAACGACGAAGUUACGCCGUCUCUAGGUCUGUUUGCGUUUGGCAACCCUUAUACCCAGAUACCGCGGGACCACCUGAUCGAUGCUUUGAAACUUGCCAAAACCCCGCGUUUCCGCACAUAUCAAACUGUAUUGAGGGGUCGGUACCAUGGCGAUAUGUCGGGAAAGAUUGAUAACCAAGUGGGCAGCCAGCAAGUCCUGGCGGGAGACACGCCGCGGGAAAAGAAUCUACGAAUUAGGGCAGAGUCUACCACAGGGAUUGAUCAAUGGAUAUCAGAGCUAUCUUCACUACGGUAG